AUGGCACACUGCUUGGAUUUCGGUGACCCGAGUUCGCCACCGGGCGUGGAGGACGAUUUCGAACCUCUGGCGCCAGCUGAGGAGCCAGAAUGCUCCAAAACCGUGCCGCUUCCGGCAGGACCGAUGCCGUCGCCACUGCCGGAUGCCUUGAGAGUCAGGAGGCGGUGGCAGCGGCCCACUUCCAGAACCACCGCUGCGGCAGGAGGAGGAAACCCGGGCCCCUAUCAUCUCGGCCCUCCCUUGCCGGGCACCCUGGUGUACACAGACCCCAAGUACGAGGACCCACCACCGGCAGCAGCUCCACCGGAAAAUGACGAGAUGGCGGCACCUACAGAUGCCUCAGACGAAGAACCGCUGAUAGAGAGCAGUGGUGAGGAGGUCGCGUGUGAGCUGCAAGAGCAGGGAGCACUGCAGGACCCUUAUGAGCACUUUAUUCACCACAACAAGAAUCAGGAUCCGGCAGAAGCAGCAAGCCCGACCUCCCGCAAGACUUGCGGCAUAAGGAGAAUUCACAGCUACCUCUCAGAGGACACUUCGGCAGAUGAGAGGCCGCAGGAGAUGUCGAAGGAAGAGGCAGCCGUCCGCGUUGAGGCGAAGCCAGCCCUCGAGAUUCGGCGAGAGCAGGAUCAGGCUGCGGCCACCAAGAACAAGCUGAAGUCUGCCAGCUUCCUCUCCGACGAUGACUCCGAAAGCGAAGUGCCAGGAUCUGUGCCUUCCGAAGGAGGUCUGCUGAAGCCGGCUCCAGGGGGAUGA